AUGGAGCACCACGCACCGCCCGAGGUCAACAUCACCACCCUCAACUGCUGGGGGCUCAAGUUCAACCUCUCCAAGCUCCGCCAGCCCCGCCUGCGCGAGAUCGGCCGGCAGGUCGCCCGUGCCUCGCCGGCGCCCGACAUCCUCUGCCUGCAGGAGGUCUGGGCCCACGAUGACUUCGCCGCCAUCCGCCGCGAGACGGCCGCCAUCCUGCCCCACGCAAAGUUCUACCACAGCGGCGCCUUUGGCGCCGGCCUGGCCAUCCUGUCGCGCUGGCCCAUCGACGAGUCGUCCAUGGUGCCCUACGUGCUCAACGGCCGCCCCACCGCCUUCUGGCGCGGCGACUGGUACGUCGGCAAGGGCGUCGCCUGCGCCACCCUGCGCUACGGAUCCCACCCCAACGACCGCAUCGCCGUCUUCAACACCCACACCCACGCCCCCUACGACUCGGACCGCGACGACUCGUACCGCGUCCACCGCGAGGCCCAGGCCUGGCAGCUCGCCAAGCUGCUGCGCGCCGCCGCCGACCGUGGCCACCUCGUCAUAGCCGCCGGCGACUUCAACAUGACCCCCAUGUCCCCCGCCCACCGCAUCAUCACCGGCCGCGCCCCCGUGCGCGACGCCUGGCGCGUCCUCUACCCGGACUCCAGCCUCGGCUGCGCCCACGACCGCCUCGAGGCCGCCCGCCGCAGGCCCGUCCCCACCGCCGAGUUCAACCUCGUCGAGAACGGCGUCACCUCCAACAGCGUCUUCAACACCUGGCGCUGGCCCCGCAGGGAGCAGAACAAGCUCGGCCGCGGCCGCCCCAUCAUCGGCGUCGACCCCGCCCGCCCCGACCCCCGCGGCAAGCGCCUGGACUACGUCUUCGCCAGCACCGGCCCGCGCGAGCUCGACGACGGCGCCGUCGGCGGCUGGGUCGUCAGGGACGCCCGCGUCGCCAUGACCGCCCGCCACCCGGACCUCGGCUGCAGCCUGUCCGAUCACUUCUCCGUCGACGUCACCCUGUCCUUCCACACCACCACCCGCGAUGCCGCCGAGGCCGCCAGCCUCAAGUGGCCCCUGCCCCCCGGCGCAACCUCGUCGCUCUCCGCCUUCCGCACCUCCACCCUCCCGUCCCACCACCACGACCACCACGACCACCACGACCACCACAGCGGCCUCGACAACAUCACCACCAAGGAGGACCCCGCCGGGCAGCCCCGGGCCGUCUCUCCCGUCACCCCCGACGGCGGGAGCCCCGCAAACGGCGCCUUCCUGCAGCUCCAGACCCCAACUCCAUCAUCAACCCGCACCUCCUUCAUCCAGCGGCCCCGCUCCCGCCAGUCCACCAGCCCCUCCAACGCCAACGCCGCCGCCGCCGCCGCCGACCACGACGCCCAGCUCCUCUCCUCGCUCGGGCCCUCCCCGUCCGGCCCACGCGCCCGCGACGGCGGGCCGUCCUCCCCAUUUCUCUCCUCGCCCGCCCCCUUCGGCCAGCGCGGGGAGGACUUCGACACCCUCAUCGCCGGCCUGGAGGCCUACCAGGCCCGCGAGGCCGCCCAGGCCUUCCACCGAGCCCUGCACUUUGGCUCCUGGGUCCUCGUCACUGUCGCCUGCUACGUUGCCGUCUGGUUCGUCCCCACCACCCACGCCGGCGGCCUCACGCCGCCUCAGAACCACGCCGUCAAUUUCGUGCUCUUGCUCCUGAGCAGCCUCGGUCUCGUGGCUGGCUGUGUCGACGGCCUCAUGUCCCUGUUGUUCUUCAGGGGCAGCGAGAAGAGGGCGUUGAAGGAAUACGAAUGGGAGCUGAGGAACGCCAGGGCCCUGGCGGCCAGCGGGGGCGAUGGGGUCGUCGAGGACAUCGGCGGCGGCUUCAAAUCAUGAGGAAUACAUCCUGCCGACAACACAUCAGCCCUCGACGUCAUGAACCCAAAGAUACCGGGUCGUAGAUGCCACGGCAAGAAUCAAAUGCGUUCUGUUCAUACUGCUCUCUAAACCCUGCGGCCUGUGCCAUACAACCCCCCCCCCCCCACACACCACCAUCCCGUAUGUUUAUAUCGUUUUCAAUGAGCCCCAAGUUCUGCAUCCCUCCCGUAAGCCCGCACCAUGCAUUUCUGAAGGCCGGCGGUUGCCUGAAAAGAGCCAAUCACGGCGUAAGUUCAUGCCGCGCCGAGGUCAGUUAGCCCAUGCUCGUCCUUCCCGCACUACAUGCCCCCACAGGAGCAAGAUGCUCGAAUCCGGGCGGGGGGCGCACGCUUGCAUCCGGAUUCAAGGUGUGUCCUUGGGCCAUGCCUACAAGUGUGUCCAUUGGCGCUCUCGCCGUGCCGGUCGGGCCGGGGUUGGCCACGUGCAGCCGCAUCGUCAACGACGACGUUGGUGUAUGUGCCUGUGUUUGAGCCUGCAUCCGCUUCCAGUCAUACCCCAGAAAAGCCAUCUUCUUCCUCAGUUCCAUGGCCACUCUCUCCGUUCCAGGGUCACGCAAGAGACGAUCGCGAGGGCGCUUCUUCUCCUUUUUCCCGUACAAGCGCACCAGUGCCUUCAGUGUGUCGCGCUCCGUCGCCCGCAGCCCCGGCUCGUCGUCCACCUGGUUCUCAAAGUUGCGCAGGCGGAGGCUGUCGUACGGGACUUUUAGCCACGACCGCACUGCCACCUGGAUGCCGCUGUUAAACGGCGCCAGUGUCUUGGCGAGGAGAGCCUCGCGCUCAGCACGCUUUUUGGAGGCGCUGGACGCUGCGACGGCGGUCGCGGUUCCAGCCACAGGUCCAGCCGGCACAACGACGGGCGUAGCAGGGGCCUUCGGCGUCACAGAUGACUGGCCCGCUUCACGCGCUGGAGAGGCCGGCAUGGACCUCGGGGGAGUCAUUGGCAAAUUUGCGUGGCCGACAGUCGUGGCAGCCGAUGAGCCGGUGUUCGGCACGACAUCAUGCAGAUCCUGGUCAGUCAGACCACUAGCAGCUGCCCCGUCCAGGCCGUCAGGUGCCUUCUUCUCAACCAGAUGCGUUGCGCUCUCCGGCGUGGGCAUCGCAUCGUCUUGAUCGUCGUCGUCGUCACUGUCUGAAAGAUCUGUGAUGGGCUUAUCAUCAUCAAAAUAUUGGGUGUCGUCGGUCGAGCGAAGCAACGGCACAAAGGGCGGGUCGAGCUCGUGGAGCCUCUCCCAAGGAACACCCUUGAACCAUUUGUGAGCCUUGAUGUCCUCAGCAUCGUAUGGGAACACGAAACGGUCUGUGAAGGCCUGGCUGUUCCCGUGGCUGGCGCAGCUUGCGGGUCGGGACAGCUGCUGCAUGUCCUUGUACUGGUAGCGUUGGCUACAUAGCCGAGUUGCCGGUUCCUGGAUCAGGCUGGCAAUGAGAUGCUGGCAGCGGCUAGACACAAGGGGGCGAGAAGGAAACGCAAAAGUCGAUCGAUGAUUCUGGGUGCGGUAUCAAGUCAGCCCCACCAGGAUACCCUCGAGGAGACACAAGACGAGACGUCUUUCACCUACCAGGAUGUUCAGCUUUGUGCGUUGUCUCCCUUCGUCAGUAAGGAAAGGAGUGUGGCCGUACAGGCACUCAUAGAGGAUGACACCGAUGCUCCACCAGUCGCACCGGCCGUCGUACCCGGCCCCUUGCACCACCUCCGGGGCCAUGUAUUGGCUGGUUCCCACGACUGACUUGGCCAGCGUCCUCAUCCCACAUCGGUUGCGCCACUGCAACAGGGGCUCGCUGUCACUUGAGCUCUUGUUUUCGUGUUUGUCCAGGCUCAUCAUGAUGUUUGAGCCCCAUAUGCCGUUGUGCGCCAGGUUCAGAGCGUCCAGCCUGUCCUGCUCGUCGCUAACGACCUCAAGGUUCAACUUCUGCACGAUCGAGUAACGACUGGCUUGGUAGUAUGAAGAAUCAUGGGACCAGUGUCCGUCAAACGCCAGGCCAAAGUCAGAUAUCUUCAAGUGGCCCGAUGCCGAGACCAGAAAAUUGUCGGGCUUGAUGUCUCGGUGGAUGCAGUGCAGUGCGUGGGCCUCCUCGACACAGAUGAUCAUCUCGGCAAUGUAGAAGCGCGCAACCGGCUCGCUGAGGAUGUUCUCUCGGAUGAGAAGACCAAGGAAGUCCCCGCCAGGCAUGUAAUCCAUGACCAAGUAAAGAUUGGAAGCGUCUUGGAAGCUGGCGAUCAAUGGCACGACCCUGGUGCGGUCGUCAGCGAAAUUCUCUCAAUCGUUGCGUUGUUCGCCGGUACAUACCAUCUGGAUCCCUCGGAGGCAACGAGGAAGUCUCUCUCAGCCCUGAGAUGGCCUUCCUGGCUUGUACGGAGCAUGCCGGACUUGCGGAUAACCUUCAUCGCAUACACCCGCCCACUGGGCUGCUUGUCCCCGGUCUGGCGCUUCUCUCGGACCAGCCUGACCACUCCGAAGCUGCCUUUACCCAGAGCCUUGACGACCUGGUAGUCAUUGCAGCACGAAGAAGCCGUGCCUCUUCCCUCUUUCAGAGCCCUCAUGGUUCGUGCUUUCAUGGCCCGCGUUUCUCGCAAGUGGUCGGACUCAUUGCGGAAGAACUGGCGCCUCUGCCUGUCCCUCUCAGCCUCCGGGAAGGCAACACCCACAUGCCAGAGGCGACUGUCAAGCUGACGCAGGCGCGCCUCGCGUGCAUUUGGAUGAGCUAAGCGAUCAUUGAAAUAGGUCUCAAGGUAGAUCUUGGCUGCGGCAGCCUUCUCGACAGUGGCGACUGUGGGCGUCACCUCGGUUUCGGCGUCCCUUUCCUCGAUUGUGUCGAGGCUUCCGCUGGCAGUAUCCGGUGCAACGAAUGAGGCAUGCUGCUGGGACUUCCACUUGGAAAGGGGGCCUUUCUUCUCGGAGGAGUUACUAGAAGAGGCUUUGGACCCAACCGAGGUCUUCCCGGUGGAUUCAGACUGCUUGACGGUAUAGAUGCUCGAGGCAGGGCUGGACUUGGGGGACGAGCUUGAAGACUCCGUGUUAUGCCCCUGGGGUGACAUUUGGAAUGUCACUGCAGCAGUCUCCUAAGCCUGGAGAGUGGGCCGUGUCUUGACCAGAGGCCGACAGACUAUUGUAGGCUCGUUGGGAGCUCGAAAAAUCGUCGAUGCCAUUUUCCGUAUUUUGUGUUCUGUCUUUGGCGAGUCUUCGCCAGAGUGUCCUAGCUUUGUUUCGCUCCGGGCUAAGGGCCUGUCGUUCACAUAGUCCAACUUGGCCUGCGCCUCGACUGGGCUCGACAGUGUUGAUGCUGGUAGGACAGUGGUCAGCCUUUAGCGCUCCCAAGGGACCGCGAUAGAAAGUGCAGACAAGGGACUCACCGUGUGUGCGGCCAGCGAGCGACCGCAGAGCAGACAGCAGCCUGGACCCUCCUCGGCGUAGCUUGGACGGUGGUGCACAGGGUGUCCUGGCGUCGUUUUCUAUCCGCAGCCGACGGACUGGAGAGGCGCUUGAAGAGAAAGAAGCCCCGGACACGAUGCUCGACUUGGGGGGACUGUGGUCUUGUGAAUGGCUUCGCUUCAUCUCGACGGGUGCUGGUUUAUGGGGGCCGCGGAGUGCAAAGCGGGCAACAAUCUUGUCACGUACAACUGAUCACGCCAAUAACAAAACAGCCGAAAGAAUAGCAAUGGAAGGGCCCCAAAGAUCAUUGGCCUCCAGAAAAAGAGCGAGUGGAGAGGGAUGCUUAGAGAAUAGGUGAGAGGGCGGCGGAUGCCAGGAGGUGGAGCGAGGUCGAUGUAGCCAUGGCCGCGUCGGCCUCUUGUUUGGUUGCUCCUACCGGACAUUGGAUCUGUCGUCUUGUUGGGGGGCAACACGAACAACAAGCGACUACCAUCUGGGGCAAGAGCGAUCUCAACCCCCACGGUCAUUGUGGUUGCUGUUUCCAGGUAUGGCAGCCUCUGUUCUACAGCUUGCACGGUACCCGCUUACAGGAUGCCCAUUGUGCCGGAGUGCUAUGUUGAUCAGAAUUUGUAUUU